AUGGGGCAAGGCAGGGUGGCCGACGUCUCUGCCGCUGGUCGCCGUGUCCGUUGGAGCCGUCUUGCGUUAUCGCUGAGCGUCGCCUCGUUCCUCAAAGUCUCGACGGUGCCGCUCACGGCCUACAUCUCCGAGUACCUUCCGUGGACAGGCAAGCUCUCGCCGCCCCUUGCGUAUGCCAACUAUACUGACUUCGUUUCGGCCGAGCUCAGCCGCAGCCGCGCAAUGUACUCGAACGCAACGAUACCAGAUGACAGCUUGUACUUUGUCGACAAGCCCAACAACGCCCAAGUGGCCCGUGCGCUUCUGCGCUUGGGACGGCCGCCGAGUAUGUCGUUCCGCACAUGCUUUGAGACGCAGCUUCCGGGUCUUCCUGGGCUCGUAUUUUACACCAACCGCACCAUGGAGAUGCUCUGCGCGGCCAUGGUAGCGCCGAACGCGAGCGCUGUUGACUGGACCACCCAAGGCUCGUGCUUCCAGGCCACACUCUGCACGCUCUCAACGGGCUAUGUGUGCUUUUGGCUCCAACCUGGGAACGUUGUGCACCGCGGAAGCAGCGAUGCGACGGCCAUGACGCUCACUUAUAUCUACUACGAGUCGCGAUUUGGUCCGUGGAUCUGGUUCAAAUUCGGCUACCGCUUGGCCUCGACGCUCUUUGUGUGGUAUCGGCUCUGGCAUGGGUACUACAAACACGUAUAUGCUCUGGACCGCGUCUUGCAAAGACAAGGGCACCGCGCGACGCUGCCGAGCGGCGUCUGGUCGUACGAACUCGUGGUCGGGGACCCGACAGCGAUAAUCCUCAUGGACCCGUCGGUGGCGACGUUGUACUUUGUAGACAUUUGGCUCAGCGUCACCAACCUCGCGGUUGCCAUCAUGCAAGUCGCACAGACGGGCAGCCUCGAGCACGUAUUUCGAAGCACGUGGUACCUAUCCCGCACCGUGUGGUUUGCCUACUGGGGUCUCUGCCUCGUCUCGUUUUUUCUCAAGCGCUUUCGUAAAGAACGACUAUUUGCGGACGUGGACCCGACUAUUUUGGCGAUGGCCGUCAUGGUCUACGGCCCGUUGCUUACGUGGAUGAACGGGCAUAUUCCGGUCUUCACGUGGCUGUACCAAUGGACGUUCACCGUCGGUGUACCCCCCGGAUCGGCCAAUCAAGUGAUCGAGUCCUGUCUCGGGUGCAUCGUUUACGUUCAACUGAUCACAAGUAUUCCGCUACUCUAUGGUCUCACGACCCCGUACUUUAACACGGCCCGACGCGCAAAGCAAUUGAAAGCCGAUAUCGACUAUGCUAGUUUUCACUACAACAACAUCAAGAACCGAGUCACGCUGGGCACACUGCGACGUCGCCCACCACGACAGAAGGCGCGCGGGGGCACCGUGCACGCAAUCAUGGAGACGUACCCGCAGCUCAAGGCCACACCGACCAUCAAUUUGCGUGCGACCGACUGCUUUGUACUCUGCUACUGCGACGGCCAGCUCUACGAACGCCUGCGAGUGAGCUUGUUGCAGUGCUUGGACCGACGAAGCGCCGACGAAGUAAUCGCGCACAGCACCGAACCCUCCGAGUUUGUCGUCAACCUCUUGCGCCCGGCCCCGCUGUUUGACCUUCGGGACAAAGGUGCGGGGCCUACUCCGCCCAGCAAGCCGUACGCGAUGCACCACGCGACCACUCUCUCCGUGUGGUGCAUUUAA